AUGGAUAAAGUGUACGAUUAUACAAAAGCGGCGAUUCUAAAUUUCAAGUUAGACAGAUGUUGCUGUUUGGCGCCAAUACCGAUAGGAUUGAUAGUUAUUGGGUUUUGUAAUAUUUUCAUAGCGUUGCUAUCGCUAGUAAAUAUCGCAGAUGUAGGCACCUCACCUCCUCUGAUGGUAGUGCAAGAAUUAGUCCUCGAAAACAACGCAUCCAAACCACUGGGAGUCAUGGCUUAUGCCACAGAACUGGGUUUUAAUAUGGUCUUUCUGUGUGGAAUGUAUAGGUAUAAUGAUAUCGAUCUUUUGAGGAUUUACACAUAUUUUGUAGUGGCUGGGAUGGUAACUGCUAUUCUUCUUUACUCUAUGGUCAUUGCCCAUACAUAUCUUCUCACAAAGCUGAUCAUUAUAAGCAAUAUAGGUAAGAUCAUUUUGAUUGAAAAAGAAAUUCUGCUAAUCCAGAGUGCCAUUGUUGAAAUCAAGGAAACUACGGGUGUUGACAAAAAUGGACAUGCGGUUUUAUAUUCUGUGUCAAAAAUAGAUGAUGAACCUAAAGUAGAAAUAAAAAUAGCAGACAUGAAAACAUCAUCUGCAGUAAUAUCUGGUGGGGUAGAAAAUAGAACUGAAGAGACAAAGAGCGACGACGAAAUUAAGGAAAAAUCUGAAACUGCGAAAUUGGAAAUGGACAAUUUAGAACCGAAAGUAAAGUAA